AUGAAUAUUGUCGAAUGGGCUUUCGGCAAGCGUAUGACGCCCGCCGAGCGUCUGCGCAAACAUCAGCGUGCCUUGGACCGAACACAGCGUGAGCUGGAUCGAGAGCGCGUGAAGCUAGAGAACCAGGAGAAAAAACUGGUGCAAGAUAUCAAGAAGAGCGCGAAGAAUGGACAGGUCGGAGCCUGCAAGAUCCAAGCCAAGGACUUGGUCCGGACACGGAGAUACAUCCAAAAGUUCUAUCAAAUGCGCACGCAAUUACAGGCCAUCUCUCUCCGCAUUCAGACUGUUCGAAGCAAUGAACAGAUGAUGCAAUCCAUGAAGGGGGCUACGAUGCUUCUGGGUAGCAUGAACAGACAAAUGAAUCUUCCGGCGCUGCAACGAAUUGCUAUGGAAUUCGAACGAGAGAACGACGUUAUGGACCAACGGCAAGAGAUGAUGGACGAUGCGAUCGACGAGGCUACAGGAAUGGAAGGCGAAGAAGAGGAAGGCGAAGAUAUUGUCAAGGAAGUUCUGGAUGAGAUCGGCGUCGAUUUGAACCUUUCGGUUUGUAUCCCCCGAGCCUUGAUAAGUGCAUCUCAGCUAACAUACUCCAAGUUGGGUGAAACACCUGCGGAUAUCCAAAAAGCCCCUGCAAACGAGACGCGGGUCGCUCAGGCUAUUGGGGGCGGUGGGGGCGCUGGCAAUACGAGCGAUGAUGACCUUCAAGCAAGACUAGACAGUCUUCGACGAUGA